AGAUGGCUGCUUAGGAACAGGACAAACUUUACAAAUGUCCGACAGAUAAUUUACACUAUUGAAUUUCGCUGAAGAACAUCAAUAACUCUCUGACGAAAAUCAAUAAGAAAUAAAAGCUUCGUAUUUACCAAACGUAUUAUUGCUGCUAGAAAACUUACAGUUUUGUAUUAACCAUGGAGAGGAGAAGUACUAAUUCUCUCCCCCCUGACCAAAACGACGAUACUGGGAAGUUGCCAGAAAAUGCUGAAAUACAAUUUCCCACCACACUGGAACGUCAAAAUGAGGUUACGUUUGAAAAAGAAGAAACUGCUGAAGAUGGAACCAAGAUUAAAACGACAAAGCAUACCUAUGAAACACGUGAAUUUGUGGAUUUAGAACAUGGAGAAGCAAAGAAUUUUGACCUUGGAGAAUAUGAACCUCCUGAAAGAGAUGAAGCUCUACCAGACCUUAACACUCUCAUGACAACUCUGCAAGAAGGUGAAGAUCAGGAAAUGCCAUCCCUAUUUCGCCAACCUGAGAACGUUCCUUCGUAUAAAAAGAUUACAGAGUUACAAUGUGAAAUUGAGAAAGAUAAAGUAGAAGAGUACGUUUCUAAAUUCGAAGAAGGUGUAAGGGAUGAUGUGGUAAUGAUUGGGAGUAUUUCAUUAGAAGAAGUUCAAGAAGAAGAAAAGAGAUUACGUGAUGAGCAUAUAGCGUAUAGAGAACAGGAAAAAGAAGAAGAGAGAGACAAAAUGAUUGAACUUAAAAGGAGGGAAGAAGAAGCUAAAAAACGAGUUGACGAAUAUUACAAAACCAAUAAAAUUAUUAUUGACAAGAGAAAGGAGGAAUUAGAAAGAGUUGAACGUUUAGCAAUAGAAAGAAUGCAAAAAUCAUACUUAAAGAGUGAAAGUCAAUUGAUUUCUUGUCUUGAAAAUAGGAAAGGAGAAGUAAAAACAUACUAUGGCGAUCUUGCUACAGGUGAUGGAUAUUUUGGUGGAUCCAAGGGCAGAAGAUGGAAAGUAGAUUGGGAAAGAACUCCUCAACCUAUACAAAUUAAACUAAAAAGCCUUAGGGGAGUUAAGGAUAAAUUGCCAGGAGGGCGUUACGUUGUUAUGGUCUCUCUCUAUAACAGAUUAGGUGGCCAUGUUUUAAGAUGGUCACAGAUGAAAGGCCAAAUGUGGGGAGGUUCCACAGAACCCAUUACUCAUGAUGGAUUAUUUCAUAAUACGGAAAUAAAACUAGAUCAGAGUGUAUUUACAACUCUACCAUCUAGACCGGAUAUUAGACCAGGCAUGGUUUUAGUCUUUGAAAUAUUCUUGCUAAGGGGAGCUGUUGUUUCAACUGAUAGAGUUGUAGGCUGGGGUGUCUUCCCUAUCGCUGACGGAAAGUUUGAAGUAGUUGAAGGCAAGUACAAGUGUCCCUUUCUCAGAGGUGAAAUGGAUUAUCAAAUUGACAAACACGAGAAAGUGGAGGAGUUGAUGUCCUCUGACAUGGAUCAUUGGCUUUGCAAUAUGUAUUUCGAAGUAAUAAGACUCCCUAGAUAUCUUGCGGGACAAAAGGAGUAUGAAGUCGAGUUGCAAUUCUCUUCCGGUAUGCUUGGUUUCCCGGAUAGAAUUAAUACAGGUGAAGAAUAUAGAGAUGGAGAAGCUCCAAUUCCAGGAUCUUUGGGCGACAUUGACGAUUCAAAUAUAAGUCAAAGUCGAAUUUCACUGGAUUCAAAAUUGUCAAUCAAUUCAAGCCAAACAACAGACAACAAUGAUAACUUUGCUUCUAAGAGAGCAAAGAAGAAUAGUGACAGAAAAAAAAGGCAUUCGGAAUCAAGUUCGAAUGAUGCAGACAUGGAUUUGAGAAAGAGACGACCUGUUACUACAUUAUCUUCUCGAAGAGCUCAUAGAGAGCAUAAAGUUAAAUUGGAUUUCACUUCUGAUUCGGAAACAGACUACGAUGAAGAUGAUGCCUACAUUAUGAAGAAAGAAGAAGGAUUUUAUCCGGUAAAAGGGCAGGCUGGUUUGUGGUACAAGAAACAUCGUUACAAUCCACAAGAUCACUAUUUUAAAAAGUAUUUCGCACUGUUACCAAGAACACCAAUUUUGAAUCCUAAAAAGAAACGUAAGAAAUUAACCUAUUUGGAACAAUUGGAAGAGCAUUCUAUUGCUGUUAAGCGUCCUUUUAGCGAUAAAGGUCGGCUAUCAACAGCUAACUAUGAGAAACUUGAAUACGUUGGUCGUCAAAUGAUGGCAGAACUUGGACUAUCACAAUGGAGAAGCCGAGAAUUUUGGGGAAUGUUGCUGAUGUUUCUGAUUGUGUUUUGGCUUCGGUUAUACAUGCAUUAUAUUGGACAAUGGAUUUUUCUGCAAGGACUUGAAAUUCCAAUUAAUAAGUUUGAUUUUCUUCCAUACACCGUCAACUUGAACUAUCAAAAUACGCUACUACAAAUCCGAGAGGAGGUUGCCCUGGUUCUGCUUGGGCCGCUUACGAAUAUAAUAUUAUUCGUUAUCCUGGUCGUCGUGAGUUGGGGUUGUCAAAGAAUUCUUGGGAUGUUUCCAGAUAUCGGCUCAAAGUUUACUAUUGCAAUGGGUCUACAAGCUUGUCUGGAUCCAUUCCUUAUUGCAAUAGUUGACAGUGCAUUAAGAAGAUGGAGAAAAUUGGGUGGAGAUACCCCUAUAGCAGAUUAUGCUAAGCUAUAUUGGACAUUCCAAAGAAUAGAAGGAUCCGGGUUGGCUGGAAUAUUCAUUACGGUUCUUCUCUAUGCUUUUACAUGCUUUGCAGCUGGAGCUAUAGUCUAUAUGUAUUUCUUGAGAUUACACAAUAAUGGCAGAAUGUUGGAUAUCUAUUGGAGAUUACAUGGAGAAGAAGAUGUUUUCUUUAUCCCCUAUGACUUGGAAAUUUCUAAUCACGAACUUUCCUACCUAGUUAAGAAGGCAGAACAAUGGAGAGGUGAAGAAGGUGAGAGGCGCAAAGUGGCAGUAUACGAUUAUGUCUGGGAGGAGGAGACCGUAGAAGAGACAGUUUGGGAUGAAAACGGAAAACCAGUGACCAAACUAAGCGAAGGAAAGAAGGAAAUUACUACUCAUAUUUCUAUUCAUACUUUGCAUUUGGAUGGCCUAAAAGAGUUAUACAGACAUUUUCUGCGAUUACCUGACGGAGCUAUUUGUGAGGUGUUUGGUGAUGUAACUAUUCCUGGAAUGGAUAAGGACGUAACCAAACUAAUUCAGAAAGACACAAAUAUUGGCAGCAAAAAUAAAAUUUCAAAUUCUAGCCUGUUGAAGAUGGCGGAACCAGAUCGUUUGCCAACAGCUGCUAGUACUUUCCGACCUAUGACAGUUGAAUCUCAGAUAGAUAUGGAACCAACCGAAGACGGCGCAAAAGGUAAAGCAGACCGUUUUGACGAUGGUCAUAGGAAAAAAGGCUAUCCAACAGCAAGUAAAGUUGUAGUACCCGGACAAAAGAAGAAAUUCUAACCAAAAAAACUUAUCUUAUUUUAAAGCAAAACAUGAUAAUCCUUAUCUCUGAUGGUCUUCGAAAAAAUCUUUGUCUUCCAAAUUUACAUAUUUUGUUUUCCCUUUUCCUGGCUGGACCAAUUUUUAAAAUCAAAUAAAUGCAGUUAUUUAGACUAAUCAUUGUAUUUAAAUAUAAUUUACUGGACAAAACUACCAUUUCGUGAAUUUGAAAUUAUAUCCAAUGUGUUCUAUAUUUUAUAAUAUACCAAGUGGACAGUAGAUUAAAAGUAAUACGUAUAUCGAUAGAGUAUUUACAUAAAAACAAUUAUAGCUGAAUAUACAUUGUAUUUUAUUCA